CGUUCGCAGCUGGUUCAUAGGCGCCGAGCUCCAGCGUACGCGGGAGAGCCCCGUUAAACUUUUACAUUUUCACGGGAUACAAGUUCCAGCUCCGGGUUCGCUUUCCUCAAGAUACACUAUUAUUUCGGGGUUAUUCUUAUUCGAAUAGGAAAAGUAUUUUGCGGCUCAUUUCCGUGGAUUAUUUGGGGUCGAUUGCGAUUAAUGAGCGUAAACAAUUGCUACUUUGCCGGCAUCUGUCCACGAUCUUGUGAGGAUUUAAGUUUUUCGGCAUAUUUGUUUAGUUGAUUGGAAAGUGCUUGGCAGGAUCGAUCCGAAUGAUCGCAGUGUGACCGCUUACUCGCGGGUGGAAAACAGACGACGAACCUUCCGGGGUUUCGAGACGUUUGCGGUGUUGUAAAAAUCGUGCUUUGCCGGUAUGAAAUUAAACCCGGACGGAAAAGCAUGAAAGUGAACGGUUGCAAGGAUUGGGAUUACGAAAUGAUUGUAUACUUGAAAUGUCGAAUGGUUAUCGUGAAGAAGACGCCGUAAUUAGAACGUAGUUUGAAGUCGCGGGCCACCUCACCAACCUUGUAAUUUCCGGAAGUCACAGAGCUUUUCACUGUCGUUGAUAACCUCCUUCAUCAGCCAUACCUCGUCAUCCGCUUGAGGAAUCCCGAGGAUGAUUAAUGGAAGGGGCAGCUCGGAGGAUGAUCUAAUUCUUGAAAAAAACCGGAUGAAUUUUCAAUUAAGGUGAAAACCGAAGGCGGCUAAUUCUGCCUGGAAAGGAAGAGACGAAGGACACAGCAAUUUUACAGUGUUCAAACGCUUGACAUUUCGAAAAGGAUCCUCCGUCACCAUCAGCCUUACAGAAAAACCCUUUCGACUCAUUUCACGACAUCCUGAUGGAGUCAUGUUGAAAGUGUCUCCUGCACAGUAAAAAAAUCAGAGAAGUAAUCAAUUUAACAGAAAAAGGAUUUCAAAGAAGAGUGAACGAGUGAGAGCCGCUUCGUGAUGUUUGUUUAUACUCGUUUCCUUCUCGUUAUAAGCGAUGUGGAACGAUCAUCUAAUCGAAUUGUACAGUCAGUUGCGAGAAUUGCAGCUUAAAAGCAGUUCCUGCAUCGGCAAUCGAAUUAGCGAAUCGAGAAAUGAACUGGAGAUACGAGUCCGCGUGGAAAAAUGUCAUCUCAACUGAAUAAAGACUUUUAUAAAUCGAAAGAACGCAAUAUGGUGGUCAGCCGGAGCAGCGGCAGUUCAAUGGCGUCUAAUCGAAGAUGCCUUAUGGCCGGUUCGGGACUUGCAAUAAUCUACGUUAUCUUCCAGAUAGGCCACGUGCUCGCAGUAACGAGUGCACCCCCGUCACGAUUCGAUGUACCGGAACAUUGUUACUGGGAACCCGAUCACGAAGGCGCCCUUACUUGUGUUUACCGAUUUAAUGGAAACGAGCCAUUACGCACGAACUUCUCGCUGAUAACCAGCGAAUACGUGACUUCGAUGAAUAUUAUUUGUGAGGACUGGAGCGUAGAAGGCACACCGGUAAACGUAGAGGACUUUCUUCACUUGUGGAGACUUCGAGAUCUGCGAUUAACCGGCUGCAAAUUCACUCGUUGGCCAGCAAAAAUACUAAACGGUUUUCGGGAUCUACGAAAUUUGACUAUAAGAAGUCUCAACGGAAGAAAAACGAAAUUUAGUCUCGAGUUGGAAAAAGGGGCGUUCGAAAUGAACCCUCAGAUUGAGAAAAUUGAUUUAUCUGCCAACAAUAUAUGGCAGAUACCAGAAUAUUUAUUUUGUCCGCUGAGCAAUCUUUUGACUCUAAACAUCUCAUUCAACAUGCUCAAAGACGUUACGGAGUUGGGUUUUAGCGAUCAACAUACCGGCACGUCGGUUCAGCCAAAACGUGAUCAAGAAUCCACUCCGGCGUCAACAUCCUGUUCCCUCGAUCUUCAGAUCCUGGAUUUAUCCAACAAUCAAAUAUCGGUGAUACCAUCACACGGAUUUUCGGCUCUGAGACGUCUCAAGAGUCUGAAUUUAUCGGGCAACGCAGUCUCUAUGCUAGACGAUACGGCUCUGCGAGGUCUCAGAUCUUUGGAAAUAUUCGAUUUAUCUUCGAACCGCAUCGUAGCAUUGCCUGCCGGUCUUUUCAAAGAUGCAACCAACAGCCUCAAAGAGCUUCGACUGCAGAACAAUUCCAUCUCCGCGCUAGCACCCGGUCUAGUGGUUGACAUGCACCAGCUGGUAACCCUUGAUCUUUCCCGUAACAUGCUCACGAGUUCGUGGUUCAACGCUACCACAUUCAGAGGACUCAUUCGUCUCGUACUGCUCAAUUUGUCACACAAUAAGAUAGCCAAAUUAGAUCCUGCACUCUUCAAAGAUCUAUACACCCUGCAGAUAUUGAAUCUUCAGCACAACGAAAUUGAAACGAUACCAGCGGAUACAUUUUCUCCAAUGAGCAAUCUUCAUACCCUCGAAGUAGCGCACAAUCGUCUCGCUUAUCUAGACGCAUAUUCAUUGAAUGGUUUGUUUGCUCUCUCCCUGCUUUCUAUGGAUUCUAAUCUACUGGAAGGUAUACAUUCAGACGCGUUUAGAAAUUGCUCGAGUAUGCAAGAUCUCAAUUUGUCUGGUAAUAAUCUUGACAGUAUUCCAGUCGCUCUGAAAGACAUGAGGAUGUUGAGAACCCUCGAUCUCGGUGAGAAUCAAAUAAAAAGUCUGGAUAAGCCUGGCUUUCAUGGGAUGUCAAGUCUGUACGGUUUGCGAAUGAUUGGCAAUGAGGUCACAAACGUGACGCGGGAGGCUCUUGCCGAGCUGCCGGCUCUACAGAUAUUGAACCUUGCCAGAAACAAAAUCGAAUACGUUGAGACAGCGGCAUUUUCCAGCAACCCAGCACUUCAGGCGAUACGUCUGGACGCAAAUUAUCUUCAGGAUAUUUCGGGAAUAUUUGCAAACGCACCGGGUUUAUUGUGGUUGAACAUGUCCGAUAACAUGAUCGGACAUUUCAACUACUCAUUUCUUCCUGAACGUCUUCAAUGGAUGGACCUCCAUAAAAAUAUGAUUAUGGAUCUGGGAAACACGCCGCACGCUUUCCGGCUGCAAACGCUCGACAUGUCGUUCAACAGGCUAACGAGGAUACAUCCGAAAUCGAUUCCAGACUCGAUAGAGCUACUAUUCGUCAAUGACAACAUGAUUCACACCGUUGAACCGCAAACGUUUUACGAAAAGGAGAAUCUCACACGAGUCGAUCUUUACGCCAAUCAGAUAGUGAAGAUGGAUCUAUCGGCGUUUCAGCUUGCACCCGUUGCCGAGAAUCGACCAUUGCCUGAGUUUUACAUCGGUGGGAAUCCUUUCAUCUGCGACUGUACGACCGAGUGGCUCCAACGCAUAAAUUCACUGCCAUUGAGGCAGCAUCCCCGAGUGAUGGAUCUCGAGACUGUUUAUUGUCAUCUGCCUUACGACAGGCACAGAUCAUUCAUACCGCUCCUCGAGGCAAAACCAUCGCAGUUCCUCUGCACCUACAAGGCCCAUUGUUUCGCUCUCUGUCAUUGUUGUGACUUCGACGCUUGCGACUGUGAAAUGACCUGUCCGCAGAAUUGCACGUGCUACCACGAUCAAUCGUGGUCGGCCAACGUGGUCGAUUGUUCGAGCUCGAAUUACAAGAGCCUUCCGGGCCGCUUGCCCAUGGACGCAACGGAGGUAUAUCUCGAUGGUAAUAAUUUCGGCGAGCUUACAUCGCAUUCGUUCAUCGGGCGCAAGAAUCUCGAGGUAUUGUACGCCAAUGACAGCAACAUUGUCGCUAUUCACAAUCACACAUUCAGCGGCCUUAAAAGACUAAUUGUCCUUCAUCUUGAGAACAAUAAGAUAAGCUCGCUUAACGGGGCGGAACUUGUUCCACUGGAGAAUCUCAAGGAGCUUUAUCUCCAGAAUAAUUUGCUAACUCACAUUGACAAUGGUACGUUUCUUGGGCUUCGCUACCUGGAGGUUCUCACUUUGGACAACAAUCGAUUGGGAACCUUCGCCCUUUGGCAGUUGGCCCAGAAUCCCUACCUCGUGGAUAUAAGCUUAUCGAAUAACCCGUGGAGCUGUGAAUGUACGUAUUUGGAUCAGGUGCGGGACUGGAUGACGAAAAACAAGGCGAAAGUGAGCGAUUGGAAAAGAGUUACCUGUGCGCUGGGCAUGCCAAUAACGUUACCAGCGAACGUUUCUGCCAUAAAUUGUGCGGCAUUGACUGGUGCUACCGGCACGGCUAUCGCGACUCGUCCUCUCGAGGCUUAUCUUCCGCUUUUAUUGGCCACCGCGGUGUUAUUCUUUGCGAUGGUUGCUCUGCUUUGUGGUGCCUUCAGGCAUCGUCGUACUUUACGAACAUGGGCGGCGAGUAGAUGUGGAUUGCGGGCGUGUUACAAAACCGCAGCUUUUGAAGAUCGAGAGAAACCGUUCGAUGCCUACAUUUCAUAUUCGGCUGUUGAUGAGAACUUUGUCUCGAGGGUUCUCGUGCCAGGACUCGAGACUUCUUACAGGCUGUGUCUCCACUACCGGGAUCUUGGAGCCGGUGCUAAUGUUGCGGACGCUGUUGCCGAAGCGGCUGACUCCUCGAGGCGCACCAUUCUAAUAUUAUCGCGAAACUUUUUGCACGGUGAAUGGGCGCGUUUUGAGUUCAAAUCGGCGCUGCGUGAGGCACUCAGAGGGAAAGGCCGCUCGGUCAUUCUUCUCCUCGUUGGUGGUGUAUGUCCGAAGGACCUUGACAGCGAUCUGAGAAAAAGAAUCUCGUCCCAUACCGUACUCGUUUGGGGCGACAAACUCUUUUGGCAAAAAUUGAAAUUCGCGAUGCCUGAGGUAUCGCCUAUACCGGUGCUGGAUAGACCAUUGCCAUUACCACCGCCGCCACCGCCACCUCAGCAUUUAUGGGCAUAGGAGGAGCCUACCUUAGGAAACGAUCAUCGCGAGAAAUGUUGUCGAUCUUUAUCCAGGUUUGGAACAUCUCGAAAUCGCGGGAGAGAAGGAUUCCGGACUAUCGAGACUAUUCUAUCUACUUAUGAUCACGAAGAAUUUCUGACUAUCGCGCUGGAGUACAUGUAACGCCGUUUGCCGAGUAAAAUAAAUAGUCAUUUCUACUUUCGAAGAAAAAAAUAAUUAAAAAAAAAAAACAAAACGAAUAAAUAAAAUAAAAAUCGUGAUAGCUUUCGUAGUGUGAAAAGAAAAAAAAAAGCAAAAGAAAAAAGAAAUCGUAAUUAGUGUAAAACGCAGCAUACUCCUCGUAUCUUGUAUCGCAACGAAAAUACACAAUUUUUUCCCUCUUUCUAAUCGGCGAUCGUUUUGGAUCGGACGGUCCAAGUCUUAUUAAAGUUCUUCGCUACUUCUCUCGUUUGUUCGAGUGUCGAGAGCGUAGGCUCUGUCCUCAUGUAAAUGUAAAUAAGAGUUUUGUAUAUUUGUAAUAUAGAUAGGGCAGUGUAUUAUAAACAAUAAAAUUAUUUAUAUAUAUUUUAA